AUGGAGGUCACAGAGGCAUACGUGUUCAACAAUGCAUCAGUCCUUUUCAACGAGUACCACCCUUACGGAACUCUUUUGGAUCUCUCAAACAAAUGGAUCGAUCCAAGCUGGUACAUUGUUGCGUUAGUAGGAAUCCAAAUGGCAAAAAUCCUUCGUGAAUUACAUGCUGUAAACAUCAUUCAUGGAGACAUCAAACCUGAUAAUUUUAUGAUUCUUAGGAAGCUGAGCGAAUGUCAUGACGACAUUGAGCAAAUUCUUGCGACACCCAUAUUGAAGCUGAUAGACUGGGGUCGCGCAAUCGACAUGCGUGUUUUAGCUGGGCACACAUUCACUGGACGUGCGGGUACCGACAAAUUUGACUGCUCUGAGAUGCUGGUAAAGUCUUACUCUUUUCGUUGUGCCGGUUUCUUUUUUCGAAAUUGUUUUAUAAGGUCCUUACUCUGAAU